UAUUUGAAUAAAAUAUAGGGUAUUUAGUACACCUGAUACAUUAAAAUGUGUAUUCCCUGCUUAGUUGGGCAGGUUGCCUGUUGCUGUGGUUCAGCAGCAUGUUCACUAUGCUGUGCAUGUUGUCCAAGCAUCAAAACUUCAACUGGUACUCGCCUUAUGUACAUGUUCUACUUGGUGAUAUGCACAGCAGUCAGUUGUGUAAUGAUGUCCUCCAGUGUGCAGGAGAGUUUGAAAAGCAUUUGGUUUUACAAUCAGAUAUGCGCAUCUGCAGGAGUCAACUGUGAAGCUAUCAUUGGAGUGGAAGCUGUCUACAAACUUAUGUUUGGGGCCGCUUGCUUUUUCUUUCUUUUAAUGAUCAUAACUUUUGGUGUAAAAAACUCAUCAGAUUGCCGAGCCAGCAUCCAGAAUGGAUUUUGGUUUUUCAAGUUUUUGAUUCUUGCUGGCUCCUGCAUUGGCAUGUUUUUUGUUCCGAACACAACAACAUUCAUUCAAGCAAUCCUUUACAUUGGCAUGGUCGGAGGGAUUUUCUUCAUAGUACUUCAGCUCAUACUUCUAGUUGACUUUGCUCACACCUGGAAUGCAAGCUGGCUAUCUGGAGCUGAGGACAACAAAGGCUGGAUGGUUGCAUUAGCACUCUGCACAUUUUUGAUGUAUGCUGCUUGCAUAACUGGAUUUGUGCUUAUGAUCGUAUACUACACUGACAGUAUUGGAUGCACUAUAAACAAAGCCUUUAUUGGGGUGAAUUGGGCUCUAGUUUUUAUUGUUUCUUUCCUGGCUAUAUCUCCAAAAGUUCAAAAGCACCAGCCAAGAUCUGGUCUUUUACAAUCAGCAGUAGUUGCCGUGUACGUCAGUUACUUGACAUACUCAGCAAUUGCAAGCAAUCCUGGGGAAAACAGGCUUGUUUUGACAAACGGUGUCCAAACAAUGAACUUAACAACUUGUUUCCAAGGCACUCAAGAUUCUACAUCCAACACAAUCUCCAUAGUAACUGGGUUGGUGUUUGUGUUCAUCGUGGUGAUUUACGUUUCUCUACGGACGACUUCUUCCUCUGAACAAGAGAGAUUGACAUUAAGAGGGAACGCGGUUGAUGAACCUUCAUGUUGUUGCUGCUGUGGUGGAGGGGAUAUGGAUGAUGUGGAAUCAGGUAAGGAGGGAGGAGGACAGAAAGUCAUUGAUGACGAAGAGGAUGCGGUCUCAUACUCUUACUCCUUCUUUCAUUUUAUAUUUUUCCUGACGACGCUUUAUGUUAUGAUGACGCUGACCAACUGGUUCACACCUACCGAUGUACAGCAGACAUUGGAGAGCAGUUUGGUUAAUGGGAAUAAUGCAGCAAUGUGGGUGAAAAUAAGCACAUCCUGGGCAGCUAUUAUAAUCUAUGUGUGGACCUUAAUAGCUCCUGCUUGCUUUCCUGACCGAGACUUCCCAAGUUAGAGCUGACAAGCUAUAUCAAUGACUUUGUAUCAUUAUAAUGCAUGAACAACACCAUCUUUCAAGGUAUGUUUCAUAAAUCAAACUUACAAAUAUUUUAUUUGAGACAUUAAGCUUUAUUUGGUCGCCAAUUUAAGUUGCAUGUCAUAUGUGUGUAAUAAAACAUGUUGUAUGAUUACAAAUGCAGGUUAGGCAGUGAUAGUUAACCAACACAAAUUUGAAAUAAACUUUGUCUCAUUGGUUAUUUCAAUGCUUAUCUGAAAUGUAGAAAAUUCCAAUGUUGACCUGCUAACCCUGCCAUUCAAGGUUUGAAGUCUGUUGUAAAAUUCAUUAUAAAUAUAUUCAGUUUAUUGUACUUGUGGUGCAUAUUAAUCUGUAUUUUAUAUUGAAAGUGACUUCACUUAAAGCAAAGGCAUUCCAACCGAAAGUUAUAUUGCCCCUUUUCCAUUUUUAACCCUUAAUCUUCUUAACUGAAGCUUAAAUAAUAAUCCCUUAUUUUGAUAUUUCUAAUAACGAUUGGUAUUUCAUUUUAAAACCAUGCCUUUUAAAGUUAAAAACUAAUCAAUUUAUUUACUUUGAUAAUUAAAACAUAGUUUACAUUUAAAAUACUCGUUUUAUGGCGCACCAAUAAUGCAUGUAUUUACUUUUAUGUGGCCCAACGUAUUGUACAGUGACUUGCAAUUAUAAAGUUAUUUUGUAAAAAUAAUAAAUGGUAUAACCCUUUGUGCUAA